UUUUUUCUGAGAAUAAGUGAGUAUUAUUAUGUUAGCAUAUUAUACAAUUCCAAGCCACUUUCCUCCCCAAAAUCACUAUAAACUAUUAAAAAAAUAAACAAACCAGCUCCUCCUCUCAAUCUUACCAGCUAAAUAUAGAUGUCUAGAGUGGUUCAGAUGGGAACGCUCCCAGCCUCUGCAUUUUGAAACAACCAAGAGGAAAUUAUCAGCCCUUCAAGCAGCCCGUUCAUUAAAGCUGAUGACAUUAAGCUAGACAGUGAGCAGAACUUCACAAUUAUAUCAAGGAAAGAACUCAAAACUACUAAAAACUCCAAGUCAACCUCAGCCAAGCAAGUGCCUGAACCUGAGCUGAGACUCAGUGGAGAAAUGAAGACUAAGAUGAAGAGAACCAACACAUAUGUCAUUGAAGAUGACUCUAAAUCUCCCAUAAUUGCAAAAAUGGAGAAGCAAGAAAAAGAACUUGAAAAACGGUUUUACGGUGAAGAAGCAAAGCAAGACGAAGACAGCGCCUCAGAAGACGACGAAGAGUUCAUCCGUCAGAGUAUCAUCAACAACCAGAAAAGGUUCAGUGCUAUGAACAUGGACUAUUUUGAUAAGGAGAGACUCUCUGAAAUCAAAGAGGAGCCAGACCUUAAGCCUAUCCUCACAAUCUGAUCUGAAGAGAAGGAGAAUGGAUUGUCAAAACUAUGAGACAAGCUGAUCAGCCUCAAUGACCUUGUCACUGAUACAAAUGACAGGAUAUUUACCAAUUUUGAUUGCUUGUUGUUUUAUCUGGAAGUUUCUGAUAUAAUAAAACUUCAGAAAUGAAGCCGAUCUCUCUGAAGAAUCUUUAGUCAGGAACAACUCAAGAGACUUGUUAGAAUUGGAAACCUAGAUGAAGAUCUCAGAGCCAAAUUCUGGAUCAGACAAGUUCCCUUCUUCUCUUAUCAAAAUGAAGUCUGUGAAAGAAUUGGCAUCGAGAAUAUCUUCCAAAAUGCUUAUGAGUGAAUAAUUCAGAAAAUUAAGACUGAAUCUCCUCUUGAAGACAGAGUCAUAAAUGAAAUAGGUAGAGACCUUCCAAGAACAUUUACAACUGACAAAAUACUCGAAGAAGAAGGACUAGAGCAAUUGAAAAAUAAUCUUGAAUCUAUCGCAUUUUGAAUCCCAGAGGUUGGGUAUUGCCAAGGAAUGAAUUUCAUCUCAGCAACUUUACUCACUAUUCUCCAAGAUGAAGAGCUGAGCUUUUGGAUUUUCUAUGCUAUGAUGAAAAGUCUGGAUAUGGAAAAUAUGUACUUGCCAGGAGUCCCUGAACUUCAUGUCAAAAACUUCCAAAUGUCUCACAUGAUUAGACUAAAGUUGCCAAAACUGUUCAACCAUCUUAAAUAAGAUCAGAAUGACCACUGACUAUUUCACCUCAAAAUGGAUAAUGACAGUCUUCGCAAACUCAUUACCGUUUGAGGUUAUUCCCUUCAUCUUUGACAAUCUCCUCCAAGAUGGUUGGAGUAGUAUAUAUAGAAUCGGAAUAGCACUACUAAAAUUUAUGCAAGACACUCUUCUCCAAAUGGACAUGUUCGAGAUCACAAAAUUCUUGCGCGAAUCCGUCCGCAAGGACACUCUAGAGAUUGACAAGAUCCUCAUUGAGGCUGAAAAAAUCUCAAUCCUCCCUGAAGACACUGAACACUUCAAAUCAAUGUUCAUUGUCGAACAAGCCAAGUUAAAGAUGACAAUGAAAGAUGAGACUCUUGCCAAAGAGCAAAAGGAUGCAUGCGAAUGGGCCAAAGAAGUUUUGCAGAAGACAGAACCCCAUGUUAAACAAGACAUCAUCAGAUUCCAGAACAAGAUUGAAGAGGCUGACAAAGACAUCAAAAGUCAAGAGAAGAUCAUGCUUGCUUGUAAAAUGGAGUAUGAAGACAUCAAAGAGCAAUUUCAUCAGCACAGAGACAGUAAGAAAGCUUUGGAAUCAGUUGCUUUAAAAAUGAGAUGUAACCUUGAAAAGAAGAAAAAGAGCAAGUUCAAAAGACUCUUUACGUCCAAGAAGAAAAAAGAGAAGAAAGAGCAUCUCAACAUUCAAGUCAAUAGCGAGGGUUUACAAGAUCCUUACCUUUUUAAAGAUUUCUCAUCCUCUAGCGUCAAGCAUCAGAGUAUAAAAUAUGAAGACACUAACUCAGUUCUCACAGCUAAAGAAAACUCGUUUGAAGAGAAAAAGAAGAGAAAGAAAACAUUCAAGGAAAAGCUAGGGUUUGGAAAAUCCAAAAAUAGAGGCAAAAGCUCUAUUAAAAAGAAAGACCAAAAGAAACUUGAAAUUGAGCAACUUGAAAAAGAUCUCCUUGAAAUUGAAUUCAAAAUAGGAAAUUCAGAGAAUCUCAAGAACAUGAUUCAAGAGGAUUACUAUGACAAAAGGGAGAAAUAUAGAGAAGCAUACCUUACCUUGGAGGAAGUCAAGAGUACCAAAAUCAAACUUAACGACCAGAUGGCAGGAUACCUUAUUAUGUAUGAGAUGAAGAAAGAGCAAACUUUGAAAGAUUUAAACAAAAAGUUGGAGAGUGCUCCUGGAUACAUCCCUGAAAAUCUUCUCUCCAAUAAUGAUUAGGUAAUAUUCCAAAAUAGGCUAUUUUCAAUAAA